AUGUCCACGCCAGCUAAAAGAAGACUUAUGCGUGAUUUUAAGGUACGUCGAUGCUUAAUAAUUUUUAAAACAUCGGAUCAAUACUAACGUAGUAUAGCGUAUGCAACAGGAUGCGCCGAGUGGGGUCUCUGCCUCUCCUUUACCAGACAAUGUUAUGAGCUGGUAAGUAUAUUAUUUGAAAUUAAGUUGAAAAAUCGGAUUACUAACAAAAUAUAGGAAUGCAGUUAUCAUAGGUCCGGCCGAUACGCCGUUUGAAGAUGGUACAUUUCGAUUAAUCCUACAAUUUGAUGAACAGUAUCCAAACAAGCCACCGUCGGUUAAAUUUAUUAGUGAAAUGUUCCACCCAAAUGUUUAUGCAUCAGGCGAAUUGUGUUUAGAUAUUUUGCAAAAUAGAUGGUCGCCUACAUAUGAUGUCUCGAGUAUCUUAACAUCCAUCCAGUCGUUACUAAACGACCCCAAUAUAAGCUCUCCUGCAAAUGUGGAGGCAGCCAACUUGUAUAAAGAUCAUAGAUCCCAAUAUAUUAAGAGAGUGAGAGAAACAGUGGAAAACAGUUGGAACGAAGAUGAUGAAGAUGAAGACGAAGAUGAGGACGAAGAUAUUGAUGACGCUGAGUAA